AUGAAUCUGCUCGCAGGCUAUAGUGUUACUCGUUGUCCCCAUCCUCGGAGACCCAGGGGCAAUCAAGCCACCGUCGACAUCGACUGCAAGCCUCUGCCUGUCAGCGACUUGAAGUUCAGUCAGGCCAGAUACAACACCUCUGUUCUGGAAGGACUCAGCUCAGCAAGCGACAUCGCUGAAGUUCGUGCAGUCGGUUAUUCAAUCGGCGAGACCAUUACCUACUCAAUCGUUACCCCGUCAGAUUUCUUCGUCAUUUCCGAAAGCACGGGUAUUGUGUCUACCUUGUCUGGCAGAGAAUUUGACCGCGAGACUGUAGAUCGAUAUGAAAUCGUCGUACAAGCUCGGGACGGUGGAAAACCGACGUCGAGAGUUGCUCAGAGCGUGCUCCUUGUAGAAGUUGAUGACGUCAAUGACAAUGCGCCGAAGUUCACCAAGGAGUCCUACUUCUUCGUCGUGAAGAACAGGGUAGAUGUCGGGGCCACUGUCAGAAAGGUCGAGGCACACGAUAGUGACAUCGGCAACAAUGGCGAAAUUAAAUAUUUACUCAAGGCGGGUGGUGACGGGCUCUUCAGAUUGGAACAUACCACCGGAAAAAUCAGAGUAGCGAGACUGUUGGAUAACGUAGUCGUUCCCAAGGUCUUUACCCUUGAAAUUGAAGCGCACGAUAAAGGCCUGGUGCGGUUGAGCACUAAAGCAACCGUGAAGAUCAAAGUGGUGGAUAAAGAGACGCCGAUAUUUGACCAGUUGUCGUACGAAAGAGUACUCAGGGAGGAUAUCAAAGUUGGACAGGAAGUCAGUCGAGUACAAGCCAGGAGUCCGGGAGGCGCUGACAUCUUUUAUACAAUCCCCAUCAUAUCAUGGGUCCUGACAGUGGAAUCUCGUCUUGACUACGAGACUCGAACUAGCUACCAACUUCUUGUCCGCGCAACUGACGCAAAAACGACAUCAUACGAAGAAAUAUACGUCGAUAUUGAUGUCACAGAUGUCAAUGAUAUUGCGCCAGUAUUCAACCAAUCACUUUACCUGGCGAUGAUCUCGGAAGCUGCGCCAGUUGGCACGUCGGUCAUCUCCGUAAGCGCUUUUGAUGGAGACUGGGGAGUUAACAAGGCGUUGACGUACCGACUGGAGAACUUGAACACAAACUACAACAACAACAGCAAAACUAGCGAGUUCUUCAUUAUCAGUCAAGAAAAAAGUGAGAUUUCAGUUGCGAAGGAACUGGAUUACGAGGCAAAUGUUGUUGAUGAACUGAAAGUCAUCGUGACCGAUGGUGGGAGUCCACCGAUGACUGGCGAGGCACGCGUGCGCAUUGUGGUCGUAGACGCUAAUGAUAAUCCGCCCCAGUUCCAACACAUUUCCAAGGUAGACUAUCUGGCCGGGAACCUCGGUUGCACGAAUUUGCGCCCGUUGGAGGGUCUCCCGGCGUUCGUAGACGAUAUAUUCGUAUUUGGCUACCUUUCUCGAGAGGAGUGUGUCUUCCAGAAAGGAAAACUCUCUUGCACGAGUGGGGAGAAGGGGGCGGCAAAACUAGUAGUGGCAAGUAUCGGGAAUGCUUUGGAAAGAGCCCUGGGGAAACGAGGCUACAUGCAGACGGCCCUUGUGCACACGGUCGCGGCUGGAGACGCGAGAAGCAGCACAAUUCAAGCAACAAUUGCGAAAAUCGAGAGAGACACGCUCCACAAGGCGAACAGAAAAUGGAAAGAAAUCCACCCGCAAAAAGAGAUUGCCGGGUAUUUCGUGGCGAAAUGCGAUGUUUCCGAAGUCCCUCUGGAGGAGAUGCACAGCGGUCUACAUGUUUUCGAAAAAUGCCUGGAGGGCUAUGGCUACGGAAUCUACAGCAUCGACUACAAACAGGAUUUUUCUGGAGUUCUGGACCGCAAAGCGCUUGUGGGCAACCUUGGUUUUCGAAAGGCGGGGGAUUUCUGCACGGCAAUCGACGAAAAAGAGCCGACAAUUCUAGAAAACACAAACACGGUCGAGGAGCACGUCUGCACCUGGAUAUCCACAACCGCGGAAGGGCGCACAGCCCGCACAAAAAUAUACAACAAAGUCGUGUCGAAUUUCGAGGCAGAAGAAAUCCGCGAACCUGUUGGCGGCCAUCUGGCAGACUACGCUGACUGCCCCAACCCACACCUCCGCCAAACCUUCCUACACCCGGACGUGCAAGCCCGAGGGUGCACGCGCAUCGAAGUCUCUCUGUACGCAUGCCCGCAAAACGAACUUUCGAGCGAGAAAGCCACAGACCACAUCGAGAAAGUCUUGGAGCAAGUUUCCACCGAAGACGAGGAGGACGGCCUCUUCGUGGUCCAACCCCCCAACAAACAGUGGCAAAACCUCGCCGAAAGCCUGGAUCGGUGUCUGGUUCUCGCAGACAGACCGCAAGGACAUAUUUUUGUUGGCUGUUACACGCACGCAGGGACAGGAAGAAUUUCGGGAAUCCACGUACACCCCACACCAGCGAAAGUGCGAGACGAAGUAAAGUGGGAAAAAGCUAUCUUGUGGGCAGCGGGGGACUUCGGCUUCCGGAAUUGUCCAAUUUUUCGGGUAGACAUCCUAGCCGCAGACGAAGAAGGGGUGGAGCUAGGCCCGCUCCGUUGCUACACGAAAGACGAAAACGCUCGCACAAUUCUCGCCGCGAGCAAAAAACCAACACAGCUCCACCCAAACGGGGGCGACCCGUCGGCGCUUCUACCGCCAACAGGCAAAAUUGUGUCAGAACGGCGGGACAAAAAAUGCCACGCAAUCGGCAACGAUUCUUCGAAAUACAAGCUCCAAGAAAUACAAGAAAUCGCAGAACAGCGCAAAAUAUCCGCACUUUCGACAAGAAACAGAGAAAAAGCUCUUGCAGAGCUUCGGUACGCCAGCACAGUCGAGGAGUGGAAACGAGCGUUGGAUUUCGAAUCAACAUCCUUCUACAAGUUCAAAGUCAAAGUUUCUGACGAUGGAGUAUGGAGUCUUGUUGCUUUCACUGAUGUUGAAGUCUUUGUAGAGGACGUGAACGACUUCCCGCCUGCGUUCGUCUAUCCUGUCUUUUCCGCGAUUUUGUACUUACCAAGUUUCCCGGGCACUGAGGUCAUCAGAGUCAGCGCGACUGAUGGAGAUACCUUGUCUCUCACAAAUCUAAUUUAUUCUAUUGUUACACAGUCUGUCUCCGCACCUCUGUCUCAGAUCUUCGAUAUUUCUCCAACACUUGGUGUUAUAACCGUGAAAAACGCGUCUCUCCUACAUGAAGCCGUAUAUUACCUUACGGUUUCUGUUUCCGACGGUAACUUCACAGAUCAAGCCACUGUCGACAUCGACUGUAAGCCUCUGCCUGUCAGCGACUUGAAGUUCAGUCAGGGCAGAUACAACACCUCUGUUCUGGAAGGAGUCAGCUCAGCAAGCGACAUCGCUGAAGUUCGUGCAGUCGGUUAUUCAAUCGGGGAGACCAUUACCUACUCAAUCGUUACUCCGUCGGAUUUCUUCGUCAUUUCCGAAAGCACGGGUAUUGUAUCUACCUUGUCUGGCAGAGAAUUUGACCGUGAGACUGUAGAUCGAUAUGAAAUCGUCGUACAAGCUAAGGACAGUGGAAAACCGAUGCCGAGAGUUGCUCAGAGCGUGGUGCUAGUAGAAGUUGAUGACGUGAAUGACAAUGCGCCGAAGUUCACCGAGGAGUCCUACUUCUUCGUCGUGAAGAAAAGCGUAGACGUCGGGGCCACUGUCGGAAAGGUCGAGGCACAUGAUGAUGACAUCAGCAACAAUGGCGAAAUCAAGUAUGUGAUUUGGUAUAAGUGUUUAUUUACGCGCUCUGAUGUGACGCUUAAACGAGUCUAUGUGAACAUGACUAGGACGAAUUCCGGGCCUUAUUUAACAACAACUACCACAUGUCUUUAUUUGCCUUAUACCAGCAAUAGCCCAUUUCCGAGUUGCCCUAAGCCUAUCUAUCCAAGCGAGGCCUGGUACUCAACCAUUCAUAUGAAAAUGAGUGUAACCAGCGUUCGGGUCGUGAUCAGAGACACCAACGAUCACAGCCCACUGUUUGACCAAGAAAUAUACACUGUGAAUUUCUACGAGAAUUACCCUCCUGGCACGUUUGUCACCAUGGUUACUGCUACUGACAAAGACUCGGGUAACUUCGCGCGUGUACGUUAUUCUGUUGACGAUCUCGAGGCCAUGGAAAAGUUGAGUGUCGACGCUGACACAGGGAGGAUAUACAGCAGGCUCACCUUUGAUCGCGAAAACUCGUCCCAUGCAUUUACUUCUGUACCUAUCCGGGCCACUGAUGGAGGUGGAAGGUUUGCAUUCUGUACAGUGGAGGUUCAAAUCUUAGAUGAGAACGACAACCAACCAAAGUUUGAGCUCCCGCGAUACGAGGUAACCGUUCAGCGUCCAACCCCAGUCGGCAGUGCUAUCCUGAUGACGUCAGCGAACGAUGCGGACUCCGGAAGUUACAGUGUCCUGACUUACGUCAUUCUUGGUCACCAGACUCCACCGGUGUUUGAAAUCGAGGCAGACUCAGGGUUAAUAAAAAUAGCUCAGCAGCCUGAAGAGAAGACCUACAUGUUUCAUGUCCUGGUCAAGGACGGCGGCUAUCCGCAGCUACGGAACAUGGUGUCUGUAUCUGUGAACGUUCUAAGUGAAAACGCCAAGAUUUUGCAGUUUGAAAAGUCGGAGUAUCGAGUCAGUGUACCUGAAGUCGCGAACGUCAACUCUGCGGUUGCAACUGUGCGCACCUCGUUUCCAGGAAGAGAUCGUCCACACGUCGGUUUAACGAUUAUUCCUGGAAAUUCACCCUCGUCGCGAGGAGAGAAGUUCAGUAUUGACGCUAGCGGUCAGAUCACACUGAAAUCUUCUUUAAAUUACGAGACUUUGAAGAGAUACGUUCUUGUAAUCGAGGCCAAUGCUUCUGCUAUCUCUCAAGUCGCACGCACUGUAGUUAUCGUAUCAGUGACGGAUGUCAAUGACAACAAACCACACUUCGUGGCCAAUCCAUACCGGGUUAGUUUACUAGAGAACAUCAAGGUUGGAUCCAAGGUUCUGAGAGUGUUUGCCGAGGAUUUAGACGACGCAAACAAUGGGCAGAUUCUGUACGAUUUCACGCACAUUAACAAGAGAGAAUCCAUGUUCUUUUCUAUUGACAAGCAAACUGGCUGGAUUACAACAGCGGCGCCACUCAAUCGCGAACUCUCUGACUUCCUUGUCCUGAGCGUCGGCGCCACUGAUAGAGGCGAGGUCAUUCAGAUGUCGGGUCAUACCGCUGUACAUGUAACCGUGCUGGAUGUGAACGAUUCUCCACCGAAGUUUUCUCAGGAAUUCUCUCAGUUUUUCGUUCGUGAAGACGCUUUGAUUGGACAAGAAGUUGGCACACUCUUGGCUAAGGAUCAAGACUUGAACUCGGACAUAUACUACUUUAUCAUGUCUGGUGAUCCUCAAACUAAGUUUGGAAUCGAGCAGAAGACGGGCAAAGUUUUUGUGCACUCUUCGCUAGCCCGCGAGACUGUAUCGUCGUAUAAACUGAACGUGAGUGCAGUGUUUGCCGAGGAUUUAGACGACGCAAACAAUGGGCAGAUUCUGUACGAUUUCACGCACAUUAACAAGAGAGAAUCCAUGUUCUUUUCUAUUGACAAGCAAACUGGCUGGAUUACAACAGCGGCGCCACUCAAUCGCGAACUCUCUGACUUCCUUGUCCUGAGCGUCGGCGCCACUGAUAGAGGCGAGGUCAUUCAGAUGUCGGGUCAUACCGCUGUACAUGUAACCGUGCUGGAUGUGAACGAUUCUCCACCGAAGUUUUCUCAGGAAUUCUCUCAGUUUUUCGUUCGUGAAGACGCUUUGAUUGGACAAGAAGUUGGCACACUCUUGGCUAAGGAUCAAGACUUGAACUCGGACAUAUACUACUUUAUCAUGUCUGGUGAUCCUCAAACUAAGUUUGGAAUCGAGCAGAAGACGGGCAAAGUUUUUGUGCACUCUUCGCUAGCCCGCGAGACUGUAUCGUCGUAUAAACUGAACGUGAGUGCGUCUGAUGGUCUUUACACCAGCUUCGCCACUUUGAACAUCACAGUGCUAGAUGCUAAUGAUAAUCCUCCAGUUUGUACCCAGUCCAUCACCAUUGUUCAUCUUAGCGAGGACGUGGCGCCUGGUACAGAAGUGUCUGUAGUCGAGGCUACUGAUCCAGACGCUGACGAUGAUGGGAAGGUGAGAUACUCCGUAUAUGGACGCCUAGUAACAGCGACGUCAUUAGACCGCGAGGCUCAAGAUAUGUUUAACUUCAUGGUGUCAGCGGAAGACCGUGGAGGACAGGUGUGUUUAAGCUAUGUUACAGUCCUGCUGGAAGACGUCAACGACAACGCGCCGUUUUUCACGCACUUAGAAUACAGGAAGUCUGUGUACGAGGACGCGCGAAUUAACAAAAUAUUGCUUCAAGUUAAAGCAGAUGAUGUCGACAUUGGAAAGAACAGAAAGAUUUCUUAUUCUUUGUUGAACAGAGUAGGCAAUACAUUCAGUAUUGAAUCUGAAACCGGUGUAAUAUCUCUGAAGAAGGUUCUUAACAGAGAGGACCAGGCGAAAUAUGUGCUGACUGUGCAGGCUAAGGACGCAGGGACUCCCUCCAAAUCUGGUACAUGCGCCGUUGUGAUUCAGGUCUUGAACAUAAACGACGUGCCACCGGAGUUCAACGACUCCAGCUUCAAGGCAAAUAUCAGCGAAGAUGCUACUAUUGGAGCGAACAUAACAACUAUGAUCGCCAUCAGCAGGGAGGCUGGACGAGAAGAGAUCUCGUACGAGAUCCUCCAAGGCCCAGAUUCAGAUAUGUUCAAGAUUGACAAGAAAACUGGAGUUGUUACCCUUCAAGGCAGCCUUGAUUUCGAGACAAGGAAGACCUAUUCGCUGACAAUUCAAGCCAGCGAUGUCGGUCCACCUGUUCUCACUACCACCGCAUUAUUAGAGGUGAUAGUGACAGAUGCUAAUGACCACGCCCCCAAGUUUCGAUGGGACCUGUACACCGGACGAAAACUCUCCUUCGGACACGUUGCCCUCCAAGUUUUCGCCAGUGACCAGGACAGCGGUCCUAACCGAGACAUUCAGUAUUCAAUCGUGAAGGGUAACGAGGCUGGUAAGUUUAAAGUCGACCCCCUGAGUGGAAUCAUUACUACUGAUGGGCUUAUCGACCACGAAGCAGUGUCCAAGUAUUCCAUGACAGUGCGGGCUCAAGAUCAAGGUGUACCGCCGCUCUCCUCUGAAACCGAAGUUCACGUGACCAUCAACGACUUGAAUGAUAACCCGCCGGAGUUUAGCAACACUAACUUCACGGUGUCCAUAGGCGAGAAUGCACCCGUGGGGAAAACUGUCAUCUUCUUACGGCCGCACGACCGAGAUGGGCAUGGUAACGGAGGCCCAUUCACUUUUAAAUUUUUAAAUUAA